AUGAAAACAGCAGCACUGCUGCUCCAGAAGGUGCACAGCCCCUGCAGCCAGGAACAAUCCAGGGAACAUCCAGGGAAGGAUCCAGGGAACAUCCAGGGAACAUCCAGGGAAGGAUCCAGGGAACAUCCAGGGAACAACCCAGGGAACAUCCAGGGAAAAACCCGGGGAACAACCCAGGGAACAACCUGGGAACAUCCAGGGAACAUCCAGGGAACAACCUGGGGAACAUCCAGGGAACAACCCGGGGAACAACCAGGGAAGGAUCCAGGGAACAUCCAGGGAACAACCCGGGGAACAUCCAGGGAACAUCCCAGGGAACAUCCUGGGAACAACCUGGUAACAACCUGGGGUACAUCCAGGGAACAACCUGGGAAACAUCCAGGGAACGACCCGGGGAACAACCCAGGGAACAUCCAGGGAACAACCCGGGGAACAUCCAGGGAACAACCCAGGGAACAACCCAGGGAACAUCCAGGGAACAACCCAGGGAACAACCCAGGGAACAUCCAGGGAACAUCCAGGGAACAACCCGGGGAACAUCCAGGGAACAUCCAGGGAACAUCCAGGGAACAUCCAGGGGAACAUCCAGGGAACAUCCAGGGAACAACCCGGGGAACAUCCAGGGAACAACCCAGGGAACAACCCGGGAACAAUCCGGGAACAUCCAGGGAACAACCCAGAGAACAACCUGGGGAACAACCCGGGAACAACCAGGGAACAUCCUGGGGAACAUCCAGGGAACAACCCAGGGAACAUCCAGGGGAACAACUUGGGGAACAUCCAGGGAACAUCCUGGGAACAUCCCGGGAACAACCCAGGGAACAUCCAGGGAACAUCCAGGGAACAACCCGGGGAACAACCCGGGGAACAUCCAGGGAACAUCCAGGGAACAUCCUGGGAACAACCAGGGAACAACCCAGGGAACAUCCCGGGGAACAUCCCAGGGAAUAUCCGGGGAACAUCGGGGAACAACCUGGGAACAACCUGGGAAGGAUCCUGGGAACAACCGGGGAACACCCAGGGAACAUCCGGGGAACAUCCCUGGGGAACAUCCUGGGAACAUCCAGGGAACAACCCGGGGAAUAUCCAGGGAACAUCCAGGGAACAUCCCAGGGAACAUCCCGAGAACAACCCAGGGAACAUCCAGGAAACAUCCAGGGAACAUCCAGGGAACAACCAAGGAACAACCUGGGGAACAACCCGGGGAAUAUCCAGGGAGCAUGCAGGGAACAUCCUGGGAACAUCCAGGGAACAACCCGGGAACAUCCAGGGAACAACCCAGGGAAUAUCCAGGGAACAACCCAGGGAACAACCCGGGGAACAACCCAGGGAACAUCCAGGGAACAACCCGGGGAACAUCCAGGGAACAUCCAGGGAACAUCCAGGGAACAACCCGGGAACAUCCAGGGAACAUCCAGGGAACAUCCAGGGAACAUCCAGGGAACAACCCGGGGAACAUCCAGGGAACAUCCAGGGAAGGAUCCAGGGAACAUCCAGGGAACAACCAGGGAACAACCCGGGGAACAUCCAGGGAACAUCCAGGGAACAACCCAGGGAACAUCCAGGGAACAUCCAGGGAACAACCCAGGGAACAUCCAGGGAACAUCCAGGGAACAACCUGGGGAACAUCCAGGGAACAACCCGGGGAACAUCCAGGGAACAUCCAGGGAACAACCUGGGGAACAUCCAGGGAACAACCCAGGGAACAACCUGGGGAACAUCCAGGGAACAACCAGGGAACAUCCUGGGGAACAUCCAGGGAACAUCCAGGGAACAUCCAGGGAACAACCCGGGGAACAUCCAGGGAACAACCCGGGGAACAUCCAGGGAACAACCCGGGGAACAUCCCGGGAACAUCCAGGCAACAAUCCAGGGAACAACCCGGGAACAACCUGGGGAACAUCUGGGGAACAUCCAGGGAACAACCCGGGGAACAUCCAGGGAACCACCCGGGGAACAUCCAGGGAACAACCUGGGGAACAUCCAGGGAACAACCAGGGAACAACCAGGGAACAUCCGGGGAACAACCCAGGGAACAACCAGGGAACAACCGAGGGAACAACCCGGGGAACAACCCGGGGAACAACCCGGGGAACAUCCCGGGAACAUCCAGGGAACAACCCAGGGAACAACCAGGGAACAACCUGGGGAACAUCCAGGGAACAUCCAGGGAACAACCCGGGGAACAUCCAGGGAACAUCCAGGGAAUAUCCAGGGAACAACCCGGGGAAUAUCCAGGGGAACAACCCGAGGAACAACCCAGGAACCACCUGA